GCUGCGAAAAGGUUUCCACGAGCGGGGUUUUCCGGAGCGCGUCGAUUUUCCUGAGCGCGUGGUUUUUCCGGUGUUCCGUGGUGACUUUCGGGUUUUUGGGACUUUUUAUUAUGGAUGUUGUUGGUCAAUUGACUGUGCUUGUAUUAUGUAGUUUGAUGUUAUGUUGGUAGUUUGUAAACUUGGUUAGUUUGGUGGUGAUUUUGAACUAUGAUGAGAUUUUUGGGAUAAUUGGUGAAGAAAAAUUUCGACGAUGAAAGCCUCAAAAUACACCCAGGCCAACAGCCCCAUAGACAACGAAUACCGCGACUACCAGAACAUAGAAGUAACACGCACCUCUAACGAAGAACGCAAUAAAAACAUCGUCGACUACCCCAGAGACGAAAUCAUUGUAGAGGGCACCACUCACUGCAUCAACGCGAAUGCCAGCUCGGAAUUCCUGCUGAAGAGCAGUUAUGACCCCUUCAAGACUCCCGAAAACGACCGUUCCCGUUUCGAGGGAAACGCCAACCCUCGUCCCGUCGAAGACCUGGAGAUGGUGUGCAACUGUGCCAUAAAAGACGUCGUGUAUCCUCUGAAAAACAGGUUUAGGGACUCUAACAGCGAGCAGAACUUGGUGUUGAAUAGGUCGUUCACCUCCAUACCGAAACUGGAGGGCGCGAAUCUGAGCCAGUACAGCCUGGAUCGAAGGUCGGGUAAGGUACACGGCAGCAGGAAGCAUCUGUAUGGUAAUGAGCGUGAGUAUGCUCAGAAGUUUCCGCAGAGAUUCCACGACGGCAGGAAUGUGAUGACGAUGAAGAGGAUACAGUCGCCGGAGAUUAUAAACAUUCAUAGAGGACCGAACAGUUCUAUGGUCUACGACGGGUAUGAUAGUGAACAAUGCUCUAUAAAAUCGUGUAGUCGGGAUAAGAAUGGGUGUGAUGAUUAUGGGUUCCAGAGGCAGAGGAGUUUCCGGGCACCUUCGAGGUCCGAUGUCAAUCACACCGGCACCGUGGGCCACCCCAGGCGACCCCCAGGGGACGGCAUGGUCCAAGAAAUGGACGAUCCAGAGCACCUGUUCGGACUCACGGAGCAGCUAUCGGAGUGUCACUGUCCGUACGAAAGGAUGCUGUACACCCCUGGAUUCACUACGUGCUUGCAGGAUGAACAUGCAUUUCCCCCUGCCCCGGACGUGACGAGGCGGAUGGCGACACCCACAUCGUUCGGGAAGCUGGAACCGGGGGCCUCGCCGCCCUACUACAGGGCCGCUUCCGCCACCAGCUCGACCUCCAAUUCCGCAAAAAUUGAGAUGUCGACCCGCCAUUGGUACAUAAUAAUCAUAGUGCUACUGUUCGCUGCCGCUGCGGGCGUGGGUGUGCCCAUAGCCUUAAAAAUAAGCUCAAGUGCCUCGUACGAUGAGCGACUGGAGUUCGCUACCAGACUACUACAGGAAGUGCCUCUGAUAGACGGUCAUAAUGACCUACCAUGGAACAUUCGUAAGUUCUUGCAUAACAAACUGAAAAAUUUCAAGUUCAAUGAGGAUCUUCGUCACGUGUCUCCGUGGUCAACGAGUGCUUGGAGCCACACGGAUCUGCUGAGGUUGGAGCAGGGCAGAGUUGCAGCUCAGUUUUGGGCGGCAUACGUUCCGUGCGACGCCCAGUACAAAGACGCCGUACAGCUGACUCUCGAACAAAUCGACGUCAUCAGACGAUUCACGGAGCUCUACCAUCCCAGAUUGGCCCUUUGUACUUCGUCAGAAGAGAUUCUGAAGGCGCAUAAGGAUCAAAAGCUCUGCUCUUUGAUAGGCGUCGAAGGAGGGCACUCUCUAGCAGGAAGCUUAGGUGUCCUGAGAUCUUUGUACCACAUAGGAGUCAGAUAUUUGACACUUACCUCGACGUGUAAUACCCCAUGGGCCGACUGUUCCCUCGUCGACAUGCCGGGAAGGAAGCCGGAACACGGAGGCUUAACGGCCUUCGGCAAGACCAUCAUCAAAGAGAUGAACAGACUGGGGAUGAUAGUGGACCUCUCGCACGUCUCAGUGGGCACAAUGCGAGACGCUCUCGACGUUUCGAAAGCUCCGGUCAUCUUCAGUCAUUCGUCAGCGUAUUCCCUCUGCAACGCGUCGAGGAAUGUGAACGACGAAACCCUGAAGAAGAUAGCGUUGAAUAGGGGAAUUGUGAUGGUUAAUUUUUACUCUCACUUCUUGACGUGUAGCGAUACGUCGACUGUAGCUGAUGCUGUAGCUCACAUAAAUCAUAUAAGAGAGGUCGCAGGGGUGGACAAUGUAGGAUUGGGGGCAGGCUACGACGGUAUUAACUAUGUUCCACAGGGACUGGAAGAUGUCUCCAGUUAUCCCAAUCUGUUCGCUGAACUCAUUGCAACAGGGAAGUGGAAUGUGGAGGACUUGAAAAAAUUAGCCGGAUUGAAUUUUCUCCGCGUAUUUAAAGAAGUGGAAAAGGUUAGAGACGAAUUCAAAAAAGCUAACGUUCCACCUUACGAAGAAGUAAUGUUACCAAGACCUAAAGACAACAAUUGCACCUCACAAGAACACUUUUGAUUUAUAUCCUUUCUAAUAGUGAUGUUCGUGUAUUUAUACCAUGUAUAAGGUGUUUAAAUGAUAAUGAUUGUUUGGUGGUUUUUAUAUAUGACAGUAACUGCAGAAUUUGAUGAAUAAAAUAUGAUUUCAAUUAUGAUAAUAAAAAUAAAGGUUUUCUAAGGAAAUAAUAUAAAAUGUCUUUGCAUGAAGAUGCAAAGACAUUCCAAGCCACAAAAAAGAAAUUGCCUUCAAUAACUUGAAACGAAAGCAAUAAAAUUAAUAUUGUAAAUGAAAAACUGAAAAAAAAAUGCACUUGUAUUUUAUUCAUCACAUAUGCGUUUAAAAUUGAUUGGACAUUCCCUAGUCCAUUGUCAUAAUGUAUAAUAUGAUCAAAGUGAAUCUCCACUAUUCUUAUAUAAUAUUCAACCAUCACACUCAAAGUUAGAAUUAUUUAUGCUUAUCAUAUAUACUUCUAAAUAUUUCAUUAAAAUCAACAAUAAAUUA